AUGACUGACAAUGCUGAUGAAUUAACAACAACGACGAAAACAUUUUGUUUUAGUUCUGGUGAACUUAUAACUCUUGAAGAUGAUCAAAUUGAAAAAAUACCUUAUUUAAUUGCUCUCGUAUCUUCUGCUCAUAAUUUUCAAUCAGUAUGUGAUAAAAAUGGACAUUUUAAACUCGAUCCACUGAUUCAAUUUAAACAAUUUUCUUUUGCUAUUCAAUCGCUUUCAUUUCAUUCAGUUCGACAAUUAUUUACUCAUUUGCCUAAAGCAAAUGAUAUCAUAUCUAUAAUUGCAUUGUUAGAUUUUCUUGGUAUUGGACCUCAAUCACAUCCUUCAUUGAAACAUGUUGAUUCAACUUUCUUUUCAACAGUUGUAUAUAGUCCUUUCUUAAACAAAGAUUUACAAAUAAUUCGACUAUGGGAUAUUCAAAAUAUGGCUGUUCGAUUUGCUAUUGCAAUGGCUAAGGAAGAAUAUGAUUUUAAUAAUAGGGAAGUAAUCGAUCAAAUAUAUUGGUUUUUAAUGUUUAUUAUAAGUGCUUAUAAAUAUUUCGGCCCUCGUCUUCGCCAUCAUAUAUAUGGAAUAGCUAAACAUUGGUUUUCUCUAUUCAAACGUUCUCGAUUAAAAUGUCUCCAAAAACUUGUAUGGAAAACAGAGAAAAAUAGAAGAUUUCGAUAUUGGAUUGAUGAUGGGGACGCUGAUCCUGAUGCAGAAACCGAAGACACUAUGGAACAAUUAUUUGCCAGUAAUAAAGUGGAAUGGUUCUAUAUGAGUCGCUGUUCAUCAUUGCAGGGGCGCCGUGACCUUCUUAAUCGAGCAGAUUCUGAUUAUUAUUCCGAUUAUAAUUUUAAUUAUUAUGCUGAAUAUUAUUUGGACUCUCGUCUAUCUGGGUGUCGGAGACCAAAACGUGAAGAGGAUAUUUUGGGCAGGGCACGUGAACGUAUAAUAGAGAUUAUGUAUAUGCGUUUAGCAAGUCAAAUAUAUCAACAAAUAAGUGAAGCAAUGCGUAAACGUCAAUUGAACUUCGAGCAACUAAAGAAUGUUGAAUCAAUAUUAGAAGAUUUAUUCGAAUGUAAACUCGUACAACAGGAAAUGCGUGAGUGUAUAUUAGAAGAAAUAUACGAUUUGAUGUCCAAAGUGAAGAAAACAUAUAAUAAGUUAUUGAAAAAGUUACAGGAAUAUAAGUUGAAUGAAGAAAUAUCAAAUCAGAAUUAUAUAUAUUUAUUCUUCGGGAUACGUCGCGAGCGUCAUUUUAAACGUAUUCAAGAAAAAGCGUUAAAGUAUGAGCGCUUAUUGGAUAGAUUACAUGAAUACUCAAGUAUAGUAGAAGAAAUACGAAACAAUGUAGUAAAGUCAUUGUAUCAAGUCAUACAAAAACAAAUAGUUACCUGGGAAAACACAGUAAAAGAAAUAGUUGAAUUGCAUCGAAUACUUUCAGAUACGUCUACAAUGAAACCAAUAUUCGAUUUGUCAUCAAAAAUAAAGCAUAAACACUAUCAAAUGCCAAUGAAUAAGCCUUUACCGAAAAUUCAACGCAAGUAUUCAAUACGUUAAGAAAAAUAUGAUUAACGGAUUUAAUCAUGUUCGAGAGGCUUUUAAAGGAAAUGAACUUGAACAUUCAAUAUGUUGUUCAUGAAAAUGAAGUUGUUUGAAUGUUUUUCUAUUUCUGAAGAAAUAAAAGUAAAAGGUGAAGCAACUAAUCAUAGAAAAUGAUAUCUAUUGAAAAAUUAGGAAGAUUUCAUAUUAAAAUAAUACUAAUCUUUUUAUGCAAAGUGAAAGCAGUAACACAUAAAGUCGUUUCUAAGUUUUUAGAAAUCAUUUAUAUGAAUUAUAUUAUUUAUUUUAGCUUUCUUUUCACAUAAAAAUUAUGAUCACUAAGGACAACAUAAUAUCGUUGGGAAAAUACUAACAAAGCAAAACUGUAGGAAAUAAAUUUGUCAUAUGUUGAGGGUGUUGUGACGCAUCUGUACCAUGCGUUGUAUACAUGAUAUGUUUUCUCUUCUUACUAGUUCUUCUCAUCGUAUAUAUUGUCCUUAUAUUUUUGUCCUUACUUAGUGCCACGUAUUGCACUUUAUCCCUAUCAGAUUACAUUUAUUUUAUGCCAUUGUUGUCCUUUCCUUUGCUGUUAUCUCAGUGACUUUUAUGAAAAAGUAUAUAAGCGUAUGCUUUGUAUGUAAACAACACGAUUCUUGAUAGGAAGAAAUACAAUAAAGUGUAGUUUCAUCCGCAUUAGCUCUUCUUCCAUCUAAAAUAUCGUCACAUGUGCGAGUGUGAGUUUCAUAAAACUACCGCAUUCAGAGAUUCGUCCUAAUUUUCUAGGAGGAAUCAUCAGGUGGUAUAAAUAAAUCUGCAUAAGAUCUAAAAAAACCUCAAUUUCAAUUGACAGCAUUAACAUUCUCCAAUAUUAAAUUGAAUUCCCUAGAUUUAUAACAGCAGUUAGUCUUAUAAAUCUGUAGGUAAGUAAAAAUAAAUAACUAGCACUACCCGGUAGGAUUUCAACUCAAUAGGAGAGAAGUCAUCAGGUGACUAUUUUGAAUCUACAUGGUUAAUCGAAAACUCUUAGAAUUGAAAAGAUUUGCAAUAGAUGUCUUCUGAAGCCGAAUAAACUCUGGAUUAUAUUUCGUAGGUAGCCCUAUUGUCUUUAGGUUUUUGCAAUUGUGCUAGGUUAAAUUUGAACACUUACUAUAAUGUUUAUGAGCUGUUGGAUGAUGAAGAUUUGAUUUUGAUAUUCUUCUUAGUGUUUGUUUUUGUCCAAAGAAUAGAAAAGUAUUUAAUAUGUUGUUUUUGAUAAAGAAUAGAGACUUCAUUAUAAUAUAAUGAACACUAUGAAUGAAAAUGAUGUACAAAAUAUGUAGCUUUAUAUACUGUGCCUUAUCAGUGAAGCGGAUGUAGUGCGUACGUGCAAAACUUUUGAGUGGAAAUAUAUGUCGUUAGUGGGAAAAUUGCAUUUUUUUCCUAGAUAUGCGUAUGUGAUGCUAUGCAAUUGCGUAGAAGUAUGUGAAAGAAUUUAUGCUUGAGAGUAGAAAUGUUUUGGAAAGAUAAGAGAUUGGUAUUUUGUUGAAGAUGAGCUGCCGUGACUAGUAUCGACCUUGCUCAUGUGUCUUAUCACACGGCUUUAAACAAUUAUAUGAAUUUCAUAUAUCCCCCCUGAAAAAAAUAGUUGCACUCAGUAUUUUGCAUUUAUUGCCAUUAUAAAAAGACAUUUAUUUAAAACCAAUUACAUAUUCUGAAAACUCGUGGAGUUUUCUAUCAUCCUGUAUAUUUACCUAUUUUCUUGCAU